AUGGUGCUGGCCGCAGCCAUGAGCCAGGACGCGGACCCCAGCGGCCCGGAGCCAGCGGACAGAGAUGCCCGCAGCGUGCCCGGCGCCUCGGUGCCCCCGGCCCCCCCGGGCCCAAGAGGGAUGCAGCCGCUGCCGCCGCCGCCGCCGCCUCCGACUGGCCUACCCCAGAUCAUCCAAAAUGCCGCCAAGCUCCUGGACAAGAACCCGUUCUCGGUCAGUAACCCGAACCCUCUGCUUCCAUCGCCUGCCAGUCUCCAACUGGCUCAACUGCAAGCCCAGCUCACCCUCCACCGGCUGAAGUUGGCACAGACAGCUGUCACCAACAACACUGCGGCCGCCACGGUCCUGAACCAAGUCCUCUCCAAAGUGGCCAUGUCCCAGCCUCUGUUCAACCAGCUGAGGCAUCCAUCUGUCAUCAGCACACCCCAUGGCCAUACUGGGGUGCCCCAGCAUGCUGCCACCAUGCCCAGUGCCCGGUUUCCCUCUAACACAAUUGCCUUCUCACCCCCUGGCCAGACACGAGGCCCAGGACCCUCCAUGAGCCUUCCCAGCCAGCCCCCCAGUGCCGUGGUGAUGCAUCCUUUCAGCGGGGUCAUGCCACAGACCCCUACCCAACCAGCUGUCCUCUUGGGUAUUGGCAAGUCUGGGCCCACCCCUGCUACCGCAGGAUUCUACGAGUAUGGUAAAGCCAACUCUGGCCAGGCAUAUGGCUCCGAAGCAGACGGUCAGCACAGCUUCCUACCAGCCUCUACCUCUGCCUCAGGCAAUGUGAACUACGAAGGACACUAUAGCCACACAGGGCAAGAUGGCCCAACUGCCUUUCCUAAAGACUUCUACGGACCCAACCCCCAAGGAUCGCAUAUGGCAGGUGGAUUUCUGGUUGAGCAGGCCGGGGGCAUGAAAGGCGAGGUAGGCCCACUGCUGCAGGGCACAAACAACCAGUGGGAGAGCCCCCAUGGAUUCUCUGGCCAAAGCAAGCCUGAUCUUACAGCAGGCCCCAACCUGUGGCCUCCACCCCUCAGCCAGCCCUAUGAGCUGUAUGACCCCGAGGAGCCCACCCCAGACAGGACCCCCCCUUCCUUUGGGGGCCGGCUUACCAACAACAAACAGGGUUUUAGCAAUGCCCGACGGCGGGCCAAGGAGGAGCAGGCGGUACUGUCCAUGCGGCCCCUGCAGGCUCAUGAGCUGAAUGACUUUCACGGUGUGCCCCCCCUCCACCUGCCACACACCUGUAGCAUCUGCGACAAGAAGGUGUUUGAUUUGAAGGACUGGGAGCUACAUGUGAAAGGGAAACUGCACGCUCAGAAAUGCCUGGUCUUCUCUGAAAACGCUGGCGUCCGGUGUGUACUUGGCUCGGCGGAGGGAACGCUGUGUGCCUCUCCCAACAGCACAGCCAUUUACAGCCUCUCUGGGAACGAAGACUAUGCCUCAAAUCUUGGAGCAUCGUAUGCAGCCAUUCCAGCAAGGUCAUUUCCUUCAGCUUCCCCAGGGACGAAUUUUGCACAGCGGAAAGCAGGUGCUGGACGCGUGGUGCACAUCUGCAAUCUCCCGGAAGGAAGCUGCACUGAGAAUGACGUCAUUAACCUGGGGCUGCCCUUUGGGAAGGUCACUAAUUACAUCCUCAUGAAGUCCACUAAUCAGGCCUUUUUAGAGAUGGCUUACACAGAAGCUGCCCAGGCCAUGGUCCAGUAUUACCAAGAAAAAUCUGCUGUGAUCAAUGGUGAGAAGUUGCUCAUUCGGAUGUCCAAGAGAUACAAGGAAUUGCAGCUGAAGAAACCGGGGAAAACUGUGGCCGCCAUCAUCCAGGACAUCCAUUCCCAGAGGGAGAGGGACAUGUUCUGGGAAGCAGACAGAUAUGGCCCAGAAAGGCCACGGUCCCGCAGUCCGGUGAGCCGCUCGCUCUCCCCGAGGUCUCACACUCCAAGCUUCACCUCCUGCAGCUCUUCCCACAGUCCUCCAGGCCCCUCCAGGGCCGACUGGGGCAAUGGCAGGGACUCGUGGGAGCACUCUCCCUAUGCCAGGAGGGAGGAAGAGCGAGACCCAGCCCCCUGGAGGGAGAACGGGGAGGACAAGAGGGACCGAACAGACAUGUGGGUGCAUGAUCGCAAACACUACCCCCGGCAACUGGACAAAGCUGAGUUAGAUGAGCGACUCGAAGGAGGAAGGGGCCACCGAGAAAAGUACCUGAGGUCUGGGUCUCCCAGUCUGCCCCACACUGUGUCCAGCUACAAAAGCCGGGAAGAUGGCUACUACUGGAAAGAGCCCAAAGCCAAGUUGGACAAGUACCUAAAGCAGCAGCAGGAUGCUCCCGGGAGGUCCAGGAGGAAGGAUGAGUCCAGGCUGCGGGAGAGCAGACACCCUCACCCUGAAGACUCAGGCAAGGAAGACGGGCUGGAGCCAAAGGUCACAAGGGCCCCUGAGAGGGCCAAGGCCAAGCAGAGUGAGAAAAAUAAAACCAAGAGAUCUGAUAGAGACCAAGAAGGAGCUGAUGAUAGAAAAGAAAGCAAAAUGGCAGAGAAUGAGACUGGGAAGGAGGAACAAGAGGGCAUGGAAGAAAGCCCCCAGUCAGUGGACAGGCAGGAGAAGGAAACAGAGUCCUUUGAUCCAGAAAACACAAGGAAAAAGAAGGAACAAGAUUGGGACAGUGGAAGCGAGGCAGAAGGGGAGAGCUGGUAUCCCACUAACAUGGAGGAGCUGGUCACAGUGGAUGAGGUAGGGGAAGAAGAAGAUUUUAUCAUGGAACCAGACAUCCCAGAGCUGGAAGAAAUUGUGGCCAUUGACCAGAAAGACAAAACCUGCCCAGAAAUAUGCCCCUGUGGGACGACCACCUUAGACCUGGACUUGGCCAGUGAUUUUGCCAAGGAGGGCGUCAAAACCAUGGGCAAUGGGGCUCCUGAAAUCAGCCUCAAGUUGGUCAGAGAACUGCCUUCUACUUCCGGGAGCUGUCCCAGUGACAUGGACGUGGAAACGCCAGGCCUAAAUCGGGAUGCUGAGCAGAAGCCAGAUGAAUGCGAAGUAGGCCACUCACUACUGGCGGCUUCAGAUUGCUGCGAGAAGGAGGCAAAGGGAGCGGAGAGUGCAGAUGUUUGUCUGGACCCCGCAGUCCAGCAAAUGUCUUCCCCCCAGCCAGCAGAGGAGAAGGCCCGGCAACUUAGCCCAGUCCUUGAUGACAGUAAGGCCAGGGGAGCCCCCGAAGAUGGGGCUUACGAAGGCAGCCCCCUGGAGGAGAAAGCCAGCCCCCCCACCGAAACCGACCUCCAAAGCCAGGCUUGCCAAGAAGUGUUGACCCAGGAAAACUCCAGGUACAGGGUGAUGAAAUCCCUGGAUGCGAGGUCACCAGAAUACACCGAAGUGGAGCUGAAACAGCCCCUUUCUUUGCCUUCCUGGGAACCAGAGGAUGUGUUCAGUGAACUUAGCAUUCCUCUAGGGGUGGAGUUCGUGGUGCCCAGGACUGGUUUUUAUUGCAAGCUGUGUGGGCUGUUCUACACGAGCGAGGAGAUGGCAAAGAUGAGCCACUGUCGCAGUGCUGUCCACUACAGGAACUUACAGAAGUACUUGUCCCAGUUGGCCGAGGAGGGCCUGAAGGAGGCCAAGGGGGCUGGCAGCCUGAGUCCGGAGGACAGCGGAGGAAUCGUGCCGCACUUUGAGAGGAAAAAGCUCUGAUGCCCCUGCUGUGCUGCUGCCAGAAGGUGGGAGGGGAGGGCCUGCUGAGGUGGGGCCUUCCUGGCCUCCCUCCAGGACAGGAACUAAAGCGAGGGAGGAAGGAAAACUCAGGCAGGGCACGUUGUUGAGUUUGUUCUCAGAGACUCAUUAAAACGCCCCUCCAGUGUCUCCAGGGGCCAGAUCACCCUGGCGUGUCCAGCCCGCUGAGGGCGACAGGCUGCCUCCUUGCUCUCUUGUUGUCUCACACAAUCUUUCAAUUAACUUUUCUCUCGUCUUCCUUCUCCCUCCCUCUCCCUCUCUCGUUUUGUGCCAAGGGUCAUUUCCUUUUCAUAAAAUCCAACUUCUCAGGGAUUUUCACAGUGUUCAAAUUCUUGAUAGGAUGUAAGAGUUCAGUCCAAACCGAGUCAUCCAAGGAAAAGAUUUAGCAGAAACUCCCGGGUAAAGAGAGCCACUAUGGUAAUCUGCAGUGGUGUCUCUGCCUGGGGCCCUUUGCAUGGUAGAGCUAAGUCAGGGUCCUGCUGUCCAGGAGAGGCGGUACCAGGGUAAUCAGUUGGCAGAAGCUGGGAGUUGCUUCAUGACCCUCUUCCUGCAGCUGAACCACCUUUUUGAAAAGCCCUUGUUUUAAAUAACUCUUUUAUCCUCUCAGUUAUUCUAGAAGUCUGCCCAAUUCAUGCCUUAAGUAAAAUUAAAUGACUUUUAAGAAAAGGGAAAAGAGCCUUUCAUUUUGGAAGCUCUGAUAAGUUCCCUCCAAACUCCUCCCCAAAAAUUUACCUACUCUUGAUUUCAGAAAAUGUGAGGGCUGACUCCAUUCUGGACAACGAAUUUGGCAGAGUCACUUUAAUUAAAAACGAAAACAGAAGCUUCUUCUCCCUCCAGCUAAAACAGCACUUGGUAGGCUUAGGUCAGAUGUUGGCCUCUCUGCAACGCGUGACAUUGGCUCAAGAAACAUAAAAACAAGAAAGUGGCAUCUGACCUUGUGUCACCCUUGGUGCCUCCGCUCUGGGGAACAGGAGCCUCACUGUGAUGAGAGGGUGGGAGCUGAGGAGAGAGAUAGCUGCAGGACUGAAGAGUGGCAUUUGAGGUUUGUGGGGUGUUUGUAGGUGAGCCCUUUCCAACUUGACAGAGAUGUUUGAAGGCUCUUCAGAGUCGACCGUGAGCAGACUUUGAUGUCAAAGUGUUAUGAAGGUCGGGCCCCUUAUUCCUAACGUGCUUUUGAUAUGGGAGGUCAGUGCCUUCAGGCCCCAGAUGGACUGCAGGUCUAGUAUGAUGUUCCACUGGAAGAGUUUUGGGACAAAGGUGCUUGGGAAAUUAGGGUCGGUAACAGCCUUUGGGGAGACGUCAGGAAGGUCAGCAGGGAGCCUGGUGCUGUUUUCACAAGUAAUAUACUCCCCUAAAGGCACUCAGCCUGAAAAACAAGAGAAAAACAAAACGAGGAAGAUGUGUCACUCCCCUUAGCGGUUCCUGUUGUUUCUGUUUCUACCACAGGCAGGUACACCGGGAAGGGGUUGGUUUUUGGUUUUUGUUUUAUUUUUCCUUUUUAUAGUGGGUAAGAGUAUACCACACAUUCUGUCCUCUGAACUAAUGAAAGAAGAGUUGAAAGAUUAUCUGGUUCAACACUGAUGUUUUAUCAGUGAGGAAACUGAGGCACAGAAAGGCAAGAAAUGUAGACCAUAAAAUGAUCGUGUGUAAACCUUGAGGCAAAUGGUAACCGAUGAGGAGACAAUUACUGGGAACUUGUGAGAGAGAAGAGUUAAGGCAAAUACCAGAGGAAAGCAGACCAGUUCGGACACGUGUGAGGAGAGGUUGAGAGAAGCAGGGAACUUGAACUCAUUAUCAGGCUAUUUGGGGGCCUCGGGAAGAUUGGUAACUCAAAUAGACUAAGGUCUGAAGAUUGUGGCUCAGUCCAGACCUGUUCCCUGGCUGACUCCACAGGUUUUAACCGACAUCUGGACUCCAGUUUCUCAGAAA